AUGAAUCGAAAGCGAGAAUUCAUUGACUUAUCGCAUCCCCUCGACCCAAAUAACAUAUCUCUCUGGCGAACAAUGCCACCUUUUACAUGUUGCCCCAUAGCGACUAUCGAGAAGGACACGUUCAGCAUUCAUACGAUAUCCAUGGGUACACAUACGGGCACUCACGUCGACGCCCCAUGUCACUUCAUCCAAGGUGGCAAAUCCAUCGACCAAAUCCCCAUAGAUGUCCUGCAUGGUCCUGCUCUACUCAUCGACCUCACACAUAAACGCGCACAUGAGAGUAUCUCCUGGGCGGAGGACCUCUCUCCCUACGCGGAACAAAUGCAGCCUGGUGUGAUCCUCCUUCUGCACACGGGCUGGUCGCGAUAUUGGGCGAAGGAGGGGCAAGAGUAUUUCAAGCACCCGUAUGUGGAGCCCUCAGUAGCGGGGAAGCUACUCGAGUAUGGAAUUAUGGUCAUAGGGCUGGAUGCGCCGAAUCCAGAUGUGACGGGCUCGGGAGGACAUCCAUUUCAUGAGGUUUUUCUGGGAGGCGGGGGAUACAUCGUUGAGAAUCUGACAAAUUUGGAUAAGCUGAGAAGCAUGGAACUUAUGGUCAACCUCCUGCCAAUCAAUAUCGUUGGCAGUGACGGAGCGCCGGUGAGAGGUGUUGCAUGGGAUGAAGCCGAGCAGAAAUGA